GGUAAGUCUAAAGGCAUCCAAGCGCAAUCGGAGACUUAGUCUAGCUAGGCAACACUCUUGUUGUCCCCGUGACGGGAUGAAUGCGAUGAAAACUUGGGAUAAGGUACGUCCUUUCUGGCCGAUCAAGAAUUCAGAGAUAAGGAAUCCUUUUUGGUUGGAAUGAUGGAAUCAGGACGGGAGGGAACCCAAAAGGCUGACCCCUCCCCCAGGUUUUCACCUGAUUGCAGCUGGCUGGCAGAUCGGGGUGUCGUCAACCGACUGCACCGCGCCAUAUCGAAUGCGCGUUGUUGCAAUCCAUCACAUUUCCCCUCGUCCUCGCUGGUCACCUAUGCUGCAUGAGAACUGCACUUUUGACUCCUCAUCCCGCUUGACUGAUUAUUGACGAACAGCAUGCCCACGAUGCAGGGACAGAUACGGACUUGCGCCAACGAGAGGGGAAAAGCUGAACCCCUCAUCACCGAGACCAACCACUCAUCAGCCCUAGAACCACAGAAAGCAAGCCAUAUGCAAGUCACGAUUGCUGACCUAGGAGCAGAUAAGAUGGCCAAGGAGGUUAUACCCCGCACCUCGAGGGACUCUAUACUUCAACGACAACUCGCCGCAAAACUUUCUGGAUGUUGAGAUGUCUUUACGACAAAAACACCGUCCGUCAUUCUGUUAUUGUAACAUGGGUACCAUGCGGCGCUUCUUUGGUCGUCGUCGAAAACCUCCCCCUGAUACUUACCAGGUACCCGCUGUGGCGAGACCCAAUCCAGAGGAAGAACUUAGGAGUCUCCGGAGAAGGCUCGUACAGUCUUUUGUCACCAGCGCCCUUCCUAGCGGCAAGGAAUUCCUCCCAGUCACAGAAAUCGAUAAAUUGGUCAACUAUGCAACCAUUCGGCUGGUGCUUCCAGAAAAGGCUUCGACUGAUGUGAUUGAUUUUGUUUGCGGUCACGGAAAGACACUGUUUCUUAUUCUAGUGGUUGGCAAUGAGGCUUCUCCAAAUGACCUGUUGGCUAUCAUGGAGAGUUGCCAGAAACACAGCAUGACAGACGAACACCUCCCGGUCGACCGUAUACCCUGCGUUGGGGGAAAGUUACCAUGCCAUCAACGCGUUGCCCACCACAAGGCAUGGGACGUAUUUCAUGACAAACUCUGGGCGCACAUAUCAUUUCGAUUCUUUCAAGACCAAGCAAUGUUCACAGCACCUGUUAUUCUGAAAGACAAGUUCAUAUACGAGCUGAAGGAAGGAUGUGUGCUCCCAAUCACCUGGAAAGCCCAGAAGCCGCAUAUUGGCCAUUUCAGUACGGUCUAUGAGGCAGAAGUUCACCAUGCCCAUCACCAAGACGACAGAUACUUCGGAGAGCCGCUCAAGGUUGCAUUGAAACAGCUGAAACCACUAACUUCGGAACCUGGAUACAAUGUGGAAACGGCUUGGAACCACGAGGCCUCUGCCUUGGAGGAGAUAAACAAGCUGCACCAUAAACAUCUCAUCCGCCCAUUAGCCGCCUUGCGAUGUGGUCCGGAGCACUACAUCAUGUUUGAGUGGGCAGACGGAGGCAGUCUUCGAGAGCUCUGGGAAAGCCAAGGCCCAAAGCCGAAAGACCUUGACCCUGAUCGAAUCAUGUCGGUCAUUGAAGAGGUUCUCGGCAUAGUCGGUGCCCUUUCAACCCUCCACGGCACAAACAACAGGACCAAGACUGGCAACGUGGUCCGACGGGCAGCAGAUCUGGCAGGUAUGGCAGCUGGUGAUAGAUUGACCGUACCUGUUCCGCAUUCGGUCAAACCGCGAGAGGGGGAAACAAAAGAUUACAGCCCCAUCACAACCCCCGAUACAUCCAAGUCCCCGAGAAAUGUACCCGAGAUUCACGUUCGAUUCGUUGAACCAUCAGACGAUGAAGUUUCUUUUAGAAGCGAAGACCCUAACCGAUCUUAUGUCAGCGAGGAGAGCGAUGCAAGCAGCGAUGAACAUUGGCGACAUGGCGAUCUGAAGCCAGAGAAUAUUUUACAGUUCAACCAGUCACAGACCAACGAUUCCCGUUGGCUGGGAACGUUGAAAAUUGCCGACCUUGGCCUGGCCAAACAGCACGUCUUUGCCACCGCUCGAAGAAAGGAAGUGACAAACCAGAAAUUCACGACAUCUCAUUACGAGGCUCCCGAAGCUGUCGCCAAUCUACAUCUCCCAAGGUCACGCCGCUUCGAUAUCUGGUCUAUCGGUUGCGUUAUUCUCGAAUUCGUUAUCAUCAUUUUGUACGGGAACGAUGGGUUGGCGAGCUUCUAUGACCAACAUGAAAUCCGCGAGAACCCGCACACAGACACCCUUUACUUCACAGUGGACCGAAAUGUUGCCCGAGUGAGUGACAUUGCGAGUCAUUGGAUCGCUGAGAUUUUGAAUGAUCCAGAAUGCAACCGGGCCGGUGGUUCGGCACUCGCAGAUAUCGUUCGACUUGUUAGGGACAGACUUCUUGUUGUUGAGUUACCCAGUGAAAACAUGGUGCCUAGCCAGAUUAGCAGAUGCCGAGCUGAUGCUGGCGAGCUGAAGGAUAAGUUGGAAGCUAUUUGGGGGAAGGCAAUACAUGAUGAGUCUCAGGGAGGCGAUUACCUUUGCUUUAGGAAAGACCGAGCAAAUAUUGCACCACCAGCACCCCUCCAAGUAAUGAAGCCCAAGAGGACAGCAGCAAAAAGCCGACUAGGGGAUGAUCUUCUCAAAACACAGCCGAAUCUGGAGGUACGUGAGCCGUAUCAGUAUCGAUAUGACUCCGGCAAGAUGACCAACUGA